UUUUUUUUUAUCCCCCUUCUUUUUUUUCCAAUUGAUUUCAUUUUUUCUUUCCUUUUUUUUGUGUUCCCGGGGACUGAAUCCCAGCCGUAGAGAAGAAAACAGCGGAGCAAAGAACUGAAGAGAAUCUGAAAAUAAAAAAGGACUGAACGAAAAAAAGAAAGCACCGAACAUGUUCGAAAUAAGCCGAACACUCAACGCUGCUUUGUUGAGCAAUGAGGGGUCGACAGAGACACAGUGGCGUCAGGCAGAGCUCCCACAGCUCCAGGGCUGGGCAGAGAAGGGAUUGCUGACACAGCCAAAGAUGAUCAUUAGUAACAUGGAGGCUCCAGUGACAAAUGGCCCCAGCGGCGGAGGCACCACAGCCAACGGUCCGACCACCAACAGCCGCGGCUGCCCCUCACCCAUGCAGACUGGCCCAACAAACGACGACAGCAAGACCAACCUCAUUGUCAACUACCUGCCCCAGAACAUGACCCAGGAGGAGUUCCGCAGCCUGUUCGGUAGCAUCGGCGAGAUUGAGUCCUGCAAGCUGGUUCGCGACAAGAUCACAGGACAGAGUCUGGGCUACGGCUUUGUCAACUACAUCGAUCCAAAGGACGCAGAGAAAGCCAUCAACACGUUAAAUGGACUCAGACUUCAGACCAAAACUAUCAAGGUGUCAUAUGCACGACCCAGCUCAGCCUCCAUCCGUGACGCCAACCUGUAUGUGAGCGGCCUGCCCAAGACUAUGACUCAGAAGGAGCUGGAGCAGCUCUUCUCCCAGUACGGACGCAUCAUCACCUCCCGCAUCCUCGUCGACCAGGUCACAGGCCCCGCAGGUGGCUCCCGAGGUGUGGGCUUCAUCCGCUUUGAUAAGAGGAUAGAGGCUGAGGAGGCCAUCAAGGGCCUGAAUGGACAGAAGCCAUCAGGUGCCGCCGAGCCCAUCACGGUCAAGUUCGCCAACAACCCCAGCCAGAAGACCAGCCAAGCCCUUCUGUCACAACUCUACCAGUCCCCCAAUCGCCGAUACCCGGGGCCCCUCCACCACCAGGCUCAGAGGUUCAGGCUGGACAAUUUGCUUAAUAUGGCCUAUGGCGUAAAGAGGUUCUCCCCCAUCACCAUCGACAGCAUGACCAGCCUGGUCGGCAUGAACAUCCCCGGGCACACGGGCACCGGUUGGUGCAUCUUUGUGUACAACCUGUCCCCAGAUUCGGAUGAAAGCGUGCUCUGGCAGCUGUUUGGGCCCUUCGGUGCGGUCAACAAUGUCAAGGUGAUCCGUGACUUCAACACCAACAAGUGCAAAGGCUUCGGCUUCGUCACCAUGACGAAUUACGACGAGGCGGCCAUGGCCAUCGCCAGUCUCAACGGCUACAGGUUGGGCGACCGCGUCUUGCAAGUCUCCUUCAAGACUAACAAGACACACAAGUCCUGAACUUUGACAGGUAGAAGCAGUUGCCCCGCGACUUUGUCUGCUCCCAAAUUGCCCCCAACCCCCCUCCCCCACCUCCACCCGUCCCUUAGCCCCUUCAGUCACUACCACUACCACCCUACUACAGCCAUCCAACACAGCAAACUCCAACCGGAACACAAAG